UGCUGUGAGCACCUAGGAGGAGGAGUAGAGGGAGGUUGGUUGUUGUUGGUGGGGGGGAGGAGGAGGGUUGCCAUCCUCAUGCACCUUGCAGGCAGUGCCGGGCGGAUGAGAAGUGAUCACACCGGAGAGAUGAUGAUGUUCCCUCCGCCGUCUGUCUGCUGAUCACACCGGCGGCUCUCCGCUCAUCACCUCCUCAUGGCGUCUCGGCAGCAAACCCGGAUCCAGGUCUACCUGGAGAGCAACCGGAUCGGUCCGCUGUUCGAGGAGUUAAUGACCAAACUAAUUACAGAGACACCAGAUCAGCCAAUUCCAUUUUUAAUUAAUCAUCUUCAAUCAAAAUUGGGAAAUGUACCUCAGCUUCCAAGAACCUUUUCUGGGUCAGCAGCUUUGUGGGCAGAAAGUGAAUUGUCUGAAUAUAAAGGAACUAGAAGAGAUUUUAGAGGCUAUGAUAAACCCUGGCAAGCGAAUGCAAAGAAACCGAAAAAAUCUAAAAGUGACCUUGCGGUCUCCAAUAUUUCACCACCAUCACCGGAAUCUAAAUCAUUGCCCAGGUCAAUUGAACACCCUAGAUGGGAUUGGAGGACAAAACCAGAAAGUCAUGAUUUUGAUGAAUUAAACCAUAUCCUUCAGGAAAGCAAAAAGCUGGGGAAAGCUUUGGAGAACCUGUCACGUAGUAUUGCUGUUUCAGAUGACAUUGAGCAGGACACGCGAGCAUUUAACUCUUCCCUUCUAAGACCAUGUGUGAUUGGAGAAUGGGUGGGACGUGAAGACAAUGACAUUGACCCUUUAGCUGCUGAAAUGAUACAACCUCCUAUACCAAGAAAUAAAAACGAACAACGGGAAGUAGAUGAAGGCAGUGGCAGCCCUGCUGGAAGCUUAAAGAUGGAACCAAAAAACAAAGGACUGAAACAACAGCAGCAGCAGCAUAAGAAACUCCUGGCAGCCAUGUUGUCCCAAGACUCCUUUGACUCUAUACACAGCACCCCAGCGUCUGUCACAGAGGAAGAUAUUGAUAAUGAGGAUGAUGCAAUGGAACUGCUAGAAGACCUUGACGAUCUCCGUAUGGAAGGUGUUACCAGUGUGAUGCCAUCUGGAAGUAAAUUUAGCCAAGGACGUAGCAACUAUAGCACUGAACCUCAAGCAAAAGUCACACUCAAUAUCUGUUCAAGAUGUGCAAGAUUGCAAGGAGGUAAUCUGGCUCAGGGAGCAGAAGAGACAGUCAAAGAUUGCUCCUCUUCAGAUAAAGCUGCAGCAAAUGCUGUAGAAUCAUUGCCUGGAGCAGAAACCUUAAUGGAGGAUGAUGAAGAAUUUGAGAGUGCCUCUCAAGUGACAGGACCUCGUCAACCAGUCUGGGACUCGGAAGUCUUGUCUGCCAGAAGUGGGGGCUCACCUAACCAAAAACUCCUGAAAGAAGCUUUAACCGCAAAGGAACUGCAGAGCAUGGAAAAGCAUCUAGCUGAUAUUGAGAAGGAUUUGGCGCUAAUGGCAGAAGCAAGUAUGUCAAGGAGUUCUGGAAACCAACAUGGGACUGGUACAAGUGAUCCUCAAGGAGCUACGUACCACAUAUCAAGUGUGCAGAAUCCAAAGCCACAAGUGCCAAAUCAAACCACCAAGAACUUACAGCUUCACCUUCAAGGGAACAAAUCACCUCCACAAGCUACCAGUAGAACCCAUGGUUCAAAUCCAUCAAAUAGCAGGCCACAGACUCCAAAUUCUCAGUCAAGUAAACUUCAGACACCUGUGACUCCAGUUGGUAGGCCUGGAACACCAAACAGCAUGGUGUCUCGACCAAUAACCCCUAGUAAUCAGGGAAGUAAAGAUGGAAUUACUCCUGUGCCUAGGAGUAGAUCUGUAACUGUUAAAAGUCAGAUUGGAUGGACGUCUAGUGCACUGUCUGGAGUUCCAGCUGCAGACACCUUAGCAAUUGCCUCUCAGCGGAACAGCACUGCAGAGGAGGAAUCUUAUGAACAAUUGCAGGGAUCUCGCCAGCCCUGGAUCCUCCCAAGUGACACAGAGAGUGAAGGUGUGGAUAUAGAGAAGGAAAAACGUUUGUGAUGCCACGAGAACUGAAUGAAUGUUGAAUACCAGAAGUGAAUACAAUUUUUCAGAAACUGAGUUUCACUAAAAUGGGAGAAUAGUUAUUUUUAUAAUGUGUUUAAUAAUAUUGUCAACCUAAUAAUCCUAACAAAAAAUCUAAUGGUUUAUUAUCAGUUGAAUAAAAUAUGAUCAGUUUUCAUUCUAAAACUGCUAUCAAACCAGCACCUUGCAAGUAAAUCUAAAAACAUAAUCUCACUACUUGCCAUUUUAAUAAAUGGUUUGUAAAGAAAAUCAUCCCAAACCGUAUACUCUUAUACUGAACGUUUCCUGAGAAUUUGUUUAUUGUAUUUUUAUGAAUUUGUGUUGAUGCAAUAUAUUAAGUUCAAGUGAAAAUAUUUUAAUCAAAAGGUUUCUUUGGAAGUUGCGAUAAGUCUAAAGUCACACAUGGUUAAAAGCUAGAUGCUCUCUUUAAUGUUUGCGUGUUCCAUGUUUAGUGAAAGGCUUCCAUUUAGGGACUCCCUUAACUGUUCCACAUGGACAAUCUUAUUGUACUGUAAUUCUAUAACCUUAUAAUGCUUUGGAAAGAGCAAUGAUGAAGUGCAGAGUGCAAUAACUUAAUGGAAGUCAAAGGUGAUGAAUUUCUGAGUUGCUGGACCUUGCUUGAUGGUCUUCGACUUAUUCUUAAUCAAAUUGCCCUAACAGGUUGAAACUGUGCAACUGUUUUUUUUUUUGCACAGUACAGAUAAUGUAGCAUGUUAAAGGUGAAUGCAGUUCCAUGGAACACAUGAUUGUUUUGUAUUAAUUAGUCAUUUAAUAAUUUCUGCCGAAAAAGUGUUCAGCUUGGAAAGUGGGAUCUAAAAUUAUGAUCCUACAAAUUAAUUUUUAAUGCUAGAAUAUAACAUUCUUUGUUCUACCAUCUGUUGGUGUACAAUCUUUAGAAGAACCUAAUGUUGGCAUGCUGACAUUUGGAAUCCCAGAACAAAAUACAUAUUGACACUUCAGCCUCUCAGCAUUUACAUGGUUGAUUACCUUUACUGUAAAGUCAUGUAGCAUUGGCAGGUCAAGUCAACUCAUGUCUGGGACUUCUUGUUGUUGCUUUUCAAGUCAACUGUUUGUUGUUUGUUCUUUGCAUCCCACUUUGUAGUUGUCACUUGACAGCUCAGCACCAUGUCUUGUAGCAUGUGAAAAUUAUGAAUGAUUUCACCCCCUACACAAGUAGCAUUUUUGCAUUUGAUUGCUUCAGGUGUAUUAUGAGAAUUAUACAAUGACUUUCUUUGCAACAUCCAAGAUUACUGAUCACAGUUGAGGUGUGUGUUUUUGGAAACAGUUCUGUAGAUAAUAUUUUAUAGUACUUGCGAUAAUAAUAUAGAAGACUUAUUUAAUAAUUACACUUUGCUGUUAAAUAUUAAGUAAUUUCAAAUAAUUUGUGAUAAAAGUUCUUACAUUCUAGCUGUACCCAGUGCUUACACCUUUUGUAGGCAAAUUGUGUACAGCUUUAUUUUAAUUCUAGUUACAACAUAUAGUCGUUUUUUGAAUGUAAAAAAAAUGCAUGUUUUAUUUUACAAUGUCCUAUUCCUUAUAUGUACAUGCAAAUCUCUAUUUAACAGCCUUAAAUCCUGGCUUCCAGUCUACCAUAACAUGGCAAUUAUUGGAAUAGGGGAAGUUGCCAUUCAGUCAAGGGGGCUUUUUAGUUCUUAAGAAAUGUCAGUCCUGCUACCAAUUGAAUUGCACAGUAUGUCAGCUGCCUCACUAUGUCAGUAUAUCAGUACUUUACUAAAGCCCAGUACACCCGUACCAAAAGUUGACCAGUUUAGCAGGAACCAGCCAUCUUUCGUUACAUUGUUACCGCGGUCUGUUUAACAGAAGCCAGUCUAACAACCAGCUUCUAUCGAACAGUCUUACUGGAAAACCAGCAUUCGAUCAACGCUUGCAGCCAAUGGCUGCAACCACUGAUCAAUGUAUUCUGGGUGGGUCCCCUGUCAAAAUACAAUAGCACAGUGGGAGAGAUCUCCACAUCACACAUUGUGUUGUUGUGGGAAUUUGUAAGAUUUUUUUUUUUUUUCAUUCAACAUACUGGUUGAAAGAAAGAAACUGAAUGUGUAUUCCCAGAUUUUGCUUAUUUAGGAAAUAAAACACACCCAGAAAGAGUCAAAGGGGCAGUAAGAUUGCUCUGUUAAAAAAAUCUGUUCCUUGUACAACAGAUGUUCCUUAUUGAUGUCAUUGUACUUACACCCAUUUUCUUGUGAGAUGCAACACAGAUUUAUUAAUUGUCACAUUUCUGGAUUUAUGGUGAUGCAUUAUUACAGCAUCACAAAAUAAGUAUAAAGAAAGUGCUUUACAAGAGACAGGUCUAGACUAGCGAAUCAUUACUUAAUAACGUUUUGACAUCAGUGCUUGGGAUAUAGUGCCCAAAAGGAUUUCUUAAAGGUAGAAUAAAAUAAUGCGAUGCUGACAUGAUUGAUAGGUAUUUUCUUACCAUUUUAAUAUACUGUACUUUGUAAAGUUUUAGAUUAUGUAGUUAAGGAUCAGCUAUGGGUGGCAUUGAACACAUAGCAUAAAAGCCAUAAUAAAGACUUGAUCCUUUUCUUCAUGUGGUGUAGCAGCUUUGAACUCUUCAGAGGCUGAAAAAUUGCCAACUGGUAAGAGAAGGGAUUUUGCUAAUUUUAUACUGUAUUGUUCUCUGGGUAUUUAGUGCUUAAGACAUGCUAGCUUUGAGGAGGAACCCCCACAUUUUGGCCUUUUUGACUUUAUUGAAACUGCCAAAAAUUACCACAAAACAAAUAUGUAUUAUUACCAGUAUUGAUUUUUUUUUAUUCAGAAUUUACCAAUGGAGGGCACAGUGAUAUUUGAGGUAUUUUACACAAGGCAGUGUUAUUUCCAAAUAACAUAAACCAUAGCCAAUUUUCCAAUGCAUUAUGAUGCAGAUGCUUCCAAUAAUGUAGCCACCAUGAUAGUCCAUUGUUGUAGGUAUAACUUGUAUCCCAUAUUUACCAAAUAUCCUGGGACGCAGCCAGAAGAAAAGCUUAAACCACUUUGUAUUCAAAAUAAACUAAUUAGAACAUAAAUUGCUUCCUCAGGUAGCCUAAAAAAUCCUUUAAAUCUAUGUAUGCCUUGACAUAUUAAUAAAGGGGUUAAUCUCUGGAAAUGAUUGUUAAUUUUUGUUCAUAGACUUAGGAGGUUGGACUCUCUUUUAUUGCUUGUUUUGCUUCUAAAGGACUAUAGAGGCGGUCUUUGUGGAAUAGCCGCAAACCUUUUUAAAAUGGCCCCUCUAAAACCUUUCAUGUCAGCAUUUGUUUUCGUUUUUUUUUUUUCCCAACCAAGCACUGCAAUAUACAACACCCAUACCAAUGUGAUAAAUUCUAAACCCUCUAUGUAUGGAAGCCAACUGAAGGUGUGCUAACCCUAUAAAAGGAUCUUAUUUCCAAAAAUGUAAAAAAAAAAUCUGUGAAAACCAAGGAAAUUUAUAUAUUCUAAAGUUGACACUUCCUUGCAUUUUUUUUCCCAUUGAAAUGUUUUAAUAUAAAUUAGCUUGCAAAUGGCAAAAUAGGUUUUGUAGCACUGAAUGUCUUCAGUUAGGAAAGAAUUUUCCAACUCUACCAAAGAUGUUUACUUGAUCUUAAUCGAAAUACAAGUAUGAAUAAUCUGACUUGAGAAAAGUUCAAAUGUUGAAAUAAACAGGAGCCAACUGUUAAUUUUUAGCAGUUUCUCAUAUUUUAACUUGCAAAAUGAAUAUUAAAAGGGUUCUUGGUUAGUAACCUAUAGGUAUAGAAGAGUUAUUAAACAUGCUUGCAGGCCUAUAUUUUUCCAUAUAAAUGGAUGCAUGCUAUUUUAGUAACGUUUUAAAAAAUGUUGCGUGGUAUAAAUAUUUAACACGAUUUCCACUUAAGAUAUCUGAAGCAAAGCAUGUGUAUCAUUUUAACGUUAAAGUAUCUUACAUGGUAAAGCUCCACUUGAGCAAAAGUAUUCAACAUAUAAGCAGAUUUUUUUCAAAAUAUUUUAAAAUAGAGACUUAAAUCAGUCAAGUCUACUUAAUUAUUUGCAGAGCAGUAGUCCAGAAUCAGUUAAGGUUUAAAUUCAUAUAUUUUAUACAUUAGAAUAUCUAUUUCAUUUGGCUUUUUUUCUGCUCAAUGAAUGUGUUCGUUAAUAACUGUAAUAAAAUGAAUGUAAAUUUUGGUAAAUUUAAAGUACGUCUGGAAUCAAAAUAUCCCUGUAAUAUUACAUACCUAGUAUUUUUUUUUUUUUUCAAACAAACAUGUAUGUUUCCACUUAAUAUUGCUAAAUUUGUACUGAUGAAGUCAACAUCACCCAGAAAUCUUUUUUUUUUUCUUUUCAACAUUUAUCAUUUGUAGCCAAUCAUUAUGUGUAUCAUUAUAUAUACUCCCAUUUGUCGGAGGCGAUGAUUUAAAAAGUGUUAGUAAAAAUGUGAAAUGCACAAUGAAGAAGAAAUUAGACAUUCUCAGUGAAACAUUUUAAAGUAAAGAAUUUUUUUUUUUUAUAUUUAUAUAGCAAACAUUUCAUAAUUACAUAUAAGUCAAUCAUUUGCCUUAAUUAAUUUUUCAGUAGUAUAGUAAAUAAUGAUUGCACUAUUGUAUGUUUUAAAAAGGCACAGACACAUUUUAUACUUGCUGUAAACUAACCUGAAGCUACUUACACAUAGAACAAUAUUAUUACAAGAACAAAAUGCUGUAUUUGGCCAUUCUGUAAAGAAGACAAAACACCAUGUAGAUGUGAUAUUCUAACUGCUUAUCCAGGUUUUGUUAGUCACCUUGAUUCUUAGAUAUUCUACUUUCAUCAUGUUUUCAUUUUAAAGCAGUAAAUAAAUUGGAAAUAUAAAAAUCUUUUGUUGGAGUUUUUUCAGCAUAUUGAUAUUUUUAUGAUUAAUAUAACCCAUUUCCAUAAUUUAAAAGCCCAUACAAAUUAAUUAAAUGUGUGUACCAAUACUGUGUACAAGUCUUACAUUUACAAUGUAUACAUUAUGACUAUGCUUUCUACACCAAUGUUCUUUACCUUUUCUUCAUGCCUGCUACAUCCCUUUCCUUACUGUCUUCUUGCUUCCUUUUUUUACUCCUUCCAGUUCCAAACUCCUUGGUUUCUCAUCUUUACUUGUGAUAGUAUCAUACACAAGUAAGAAUUAGAGACAAGGUGAGUGCUAUUGAGAAAUGUGGAACUCUAAUCCCUCAGAAGAUGUAGCUCCUGCAGCAUCCUGUUAAGUUGAUGUUUAUCUCAUCCCAGUUUGUCACUUGCAUGCAAUAGCAAUGGGAAGAGAAAUGUAACUAAGACUUUGUGAAGAGUUAGGGCAGGGUGUAAAAUGUUGGGAAAGAGAGGUAGGAUACCAGAAAGAGCUAUUUUUUUGGAGGUAGGUCACAAGAUUGAUAAAGGUUUGUAGCACAUAAUAUAGAGCAUUUCAGGAUAGGUGGGGGAUUGAAGGAUAGGAAUAUGUAAAUCCUAAAUUCGGCACCUUAUGCAUUGACUAAAAGAAGCAGGGUGUCUAUGACUUGUAUACUUGAGUUCACAUAUACAUUUUACCUUUUGUGUAAAAUAUUCUUUGCAUGAUAAUGUAUUAAUAAACAACACAAGUUUUUGGUUCACAUGAAAUAUACACUUCUUAUAUAGUCACUUUAAAUAUAUUGAAAAGUUGUUUUACAAUCUACCUAAAAAGAUGCCCUUUCAUAAUAACUAUGUUGAUUUUUUUGAAAAAUCUUUGUAAACAAACUCUUAUUAUUGAAUGUAGAAAAAUGUGCAAUAUGUUGUAAACUAAUGAAAAUUUACAAGCUGUAAUGAAAUGCUUCUUCUAAAAUUUGAUUUAGAAACAAUUUGGUGACUUUCUAAUGAAGUGUUAAAUAAUAAAAACAAGUUUGUGUGCACUUGUAUUAUGAGGCAUGUUUUGCUUUUCAUGUUUUUCAAGGAUGAAUGCCUUUUCAUAUAUUGAUUUUUAACUGGAUGUGCUUGGUAACUGCUACCACAAUAAAAACAUUUGUAAGUA